AUGUACAAGGCCGUCAUCCUGCCGACGCUUCUGUAUGGAGCGGAGACCUGGACGGUGAACACGAAGCAGGCACGCCGACUGAACCACUUCCACCUCAAUUGUCUCCGUCGCAUCCUGUGGCUGAACUGGCAGGACAUCAUCCCCGACACAGAUAUGCUGGAACGAACGGAAAUGCUCAGAAUUUACUCCAUGUUGAGACUGGGGAACCAGUGCCUGGAGCACCAACCUACACCCACCGCACUCGCCUUCACUGCCCACACUGCCCUCGCACCUUCACUCAUCUCAUGGGUCUAUUCGGCCACAUGCGCAUCCACGACGACCUGCGGUAGACAACCGCCGGUUUCAUCACACAUCCGCACACCUCCUUCCCUCCUCCACCAUCACCACUACGCAUCAACCCUCACACACCUCAUGCACUCAACUGCCACCUUCCACGCAAGUGGUAAGUGUGCAUCUCGACUUGGUCCCCAUGCGGCUUCGGCUGCGCGGGUGACUUGAGUCCGAGACUAUCCCGACACGUCAAGCGUCGUGGAUAGGAAGGUUGCUGAUUGAGGCCUGGUGUAUGUGUGUAUGGGAGGCCAGUUCUUGCAAGUGGCGCGCGCAGUCGAGCAUGACAGCCACCGCGCCCAUUUCCCACUUCAGUCUACUGACCGGCUCGGACUGUGGCCUCGGUGUGGGAAUGGGAAGGGAGAGUGAGGUCAACGACUCAGCACACCUAUCCUAACUAUAAACAAUCUGACGUGCUUGAAGCAGGAUUUUGAACAACAAUACACAGAUUGGAGGCUGGCACGGCCGAAACCGCACCUGGGCGUGCCGCCAACGCCUGGCUCAGAUCCCACACUGUGGUGGGAGUGUCAUAAAGGCCACAUUAAAAAGGAGCCAUUGCAGCCUGACUCUCAGACCGCCUCCGGUUAAGAAGGAGUUCAAAGUUACCCCGUCAGUUGGCAACCUUCCAAGCCACGGCUUUUAGCGCACCGUGAUAGUUUCAAGCGCGUCAGAUUGUUUAUAGUGAGGAGAAUGCGCUGAGUCGUCGACCUCACUCCCCCUUCCCAUUCCCACACACCAGCCGCCGUCAGAGCCGGUCGGCAAACUGGAGUGGGAAAUGGGCGCGGUGGCUGACACGGUCGACUGACCAUGCCUGCGCGUGCCACAGCACGACCUGGCCCCCCAUACACACACAAACACCAGAAUUUCACACAACGGGGGUUGAACGGCGUGUCUCUCACUUGCGUGAGAGUGCCGUGGAAGGUGCUGCUUCAGCCCGUCCCCAGCCCACCAGUCCGCCACUCCACACAGCACACACACACAACGCGACGAACUGCGUGAACCGAGAGCGGGCGUCGAUCAGCAACCUUCCUAUCCACGACGCUGGACGUGUCGGUAUAGUCUCGGACUCAAAUCACCGGCGCAUCCGAAGCCGCGUGGGGACCGAGUCGAGAUGCACACUUCCCACUUGCGUGGAAGGUGGCAGUUGGUGCUAGCGGUGGAUGAGUGUUGAUGCAUAGUGGUGAUGGUGGAGGAGGGUAGGGAGUGAGUGGAUGUGUGGUGUAACCGGCGGUUGUCUAAUGCAGGCCGUCGUGGAUGCGCAUGUGGCCGAAUAGGCUCAUGCGGUGCCUGAAAGUGCGAGGGCAGUGUGAACAGCUGAGACGAUCUUGGUGGGUAUAGGUUGGUGCUCCAGGCACUGGUUCGCCAGUCUCUGUACGAUGGAUUCGCAAGUGACCGACCAGACCGAUGCGUGAGGUGAAUGUGCGUGGACAGUGUGGGCAUGUGAAGUCGGCGGUGUCAGAAUCAGCUACAGAGGAGGCGUUGGUGGUGGCGCAGAUGGACGGUGCGAGGGUGGUGCUGGACAUGAUGGGCGUGUUGGGCGUGGUUGUUGUGUCGGAAUUGUGGUCAAUUCCGCUCUCGUGGAUGCGCAUGUUGCCGAAUAGAACCAUGCGAUGCGUGAAGGUGCGAGGGCAGUGUGGGCACCACCACCACCACCACCAUCAUCAUCAUCAUCUUUGAGAGACUCUGCGAGUGCCUUGGCAACCACACGACGCAGCAGACUUCCCAGUCCGCCACAAGCGCGUGCGGUGGUCUCGCCCAUCUAAUGCUUUAUCUCCUCCCGCGGUACCAGCCUCACUGAGAUCUGCUACGUCACCAAGUCUGAUCCGAACCUACUUUGUCUCGAUUGGAUUGAACAACUUGAUUUGGCCGAUAUGCCACUCCGUUGCACAUACAUCGCAGGCGUGCUGCAUUUGUCACCGGGAAACAAACCAGUCUUUCAUCCAAAUCCACCGGUCCCAUAUACAGACUUACCAUCUCUCGAGGCUGUACUGAUGUAUUUGUUGAAAGAGGGAAUUCUACUUCCUGUAUAUUAUUCCGCCAGGACCAUUAAAAUUGUUGUGGUUAAGAAGCCUAAUGGUUCGAUCCGCAUUUGUGCUAACUUCUCCAUCCAUCUUAAUGCCGCGUUGACGUUGAGCUGCUAUCCACUACCGGUUCCGUCUGAUCUUUCCAGCCUGCUGAAUGGUGGCACUUGCUUUGCCCAGUUGUAUCUAGCGAAUGCGUAUUUGCAGAUUGAGAUCGCUUCAGUUUCGAAGCAUUGACCAUCAACACCCGCCGCGGUCUGUUCCAAUACACCAGAGUGCACUUUGGUGUCAAGACUGCCCCAACUCUAUUCCAACAAACCAUGAACGCAAUGCUCCCCGGCAUCCCGGCACAGCUGGGCACCUAGACGACAUCGUCGUCAUCGUUAGUCGCUCCCCUGCUGAGUUGCAAGACCAAGUGUGCGUGCAGUAUUCGGCCAACAAGUGCCAAUUCUUCCUCGGUUCCAUCAAGUACCUCGAAUUCGUUUUUGACGUCACUGGUCGCAAUCCAGAUGCUGAAAAUAUUCCUGCUGCACAACAGAUACCUGCACCCAAGAAUGUAUCGCAACUUAGCUCAUACCUUCGCCUGAUCAGCUAA